UAAUUCCUCCGACACACUGGUCCACAUGAACUGCUGUUUUCAAACUAUUUUGUUAAAAUUUUGAUUUCCUGCAUAACAUGAGCGAAACCCCCACUGCCGAUGAGUGUGAGAAGCGCCCUCAGUUUGGCACACGUCUGCUCAAGGACAGCGACGACGUGUUUAAGCACAAUGCUUGGUAAAUAUGCACUGCAAGGUGUACGACGUUUUGCCAGCAAGACUUGGGAACACACGCGACAGCGCAAGAAGCCAGCAGUUGCUGGCGGCCGCAUACUAACAGACGCGCGCGAGGUGUUCGAGUUUAAUGCAUGGGACCACGUGCAAUGGGACGAGGAGCAGGAGCUGGCCGCACAGGAGGCAGUGGCCAAGAACUCUUCCAGCAAGCUGAACGACGAUGAACGGGAGCGCUUUCAGUCGGAUGCACCCAAGUUCUGGGACUCCUUCUAUGGCAUACACGACAACCGCUUCUUCAAGGACCGUCACUGGCUGUUCACCGAGUUUCCCGAGCUGGCGCCCCUGGAUGCCAGUGAGCAGCAGCCACGGAGCGUGUUCGAGAUUGGUUGUGGCGUAGGCAACACCAUCUUACCCCUGCUGCAGUACAGCGUGGAGCCGAAGCUAAAGGUCUUUGGGUGCGACUUCUCCGCCCGGGCCAUCGAUAUACUCCGCAGCCAGCCGCAGUUCGAUGAGAAGCGCUGCCAAGUGUUCGUAAUGGAUGCCACGGAUGAGCAGUGGCAAGUGCCCUUCGAGGAGAACUCGCAGGAUAUCAUUGUCAUGAUAUUUGUGCUGUCCGCCUGCCAGCCAAAGAAAAUGCAGCAGAUACUGGACAAUUGCUAUCGCUACCUGCGUCCCGGUGGUCUGCUCCUCUUUAGGGACUACGGCCGCUACGACCUGGCCCAGCUGCGCUUCAAGAGCGGCAAGUGCCUGGAGGACAAUUUCUAUGUGCGCGGCGAUGGCACUUUGGUUUACUUCUUUACAGAGCAAGAGCUACGUGGCAUGUUGACCCAAGCGGGUCUGCAGGAGGAACAGGUGAUUGUGGACCGAAGGCUGCAGGUGAAUCGAGGUCGCGGCCUCAAGAUGUAUCGCGUUUGGAUACAGGCAAAGUUCAAAAAACCACUGGCUGCGCCUUCAGGCUCUUAGCUUUAUAAUCGUUAUCGUUCUAUCG